AUGGAUUCGCUCAGCCAAUCGGUCAAUCUGGAGGAUGAAACUGGAUCCCUGCGGCUCAGCAGGCACCCAUCGAAUCGAUCCUACUUGACGAUCCAGAAUGUCCCCCGGAGGCAACGAUCCUACAUGCAGCUGGAGAACAACCUGCGAAAUCUGUUCGACUCAGUUCCACCAGUGAAACCUCGUGCUGCUUCCUCAUCACAACCGCUUGCGGGGGAAUUCAGAGAUCGGUCGAGUUCUAUUCCGUCACCGGCGUCGCCACCGCCGCCGCCACCACAGCCGGUGAUCUCAGAAGGCGUCUUUACUUUCGGAAGCAAUCGCAAUCGGAACGAUUCGACGAGGAGUCGGCACAGCAGUUAGCGGCCGAUGGGCACGAGGAAUGAGAUCUUUGCUUUAGUUAUUUUUAGUUUUAUUCGUUUUUUUUUUUAUUUUGAGAUAGAGUAACGAAUGGUGCAUAGUCAGUAGGAUAACUAAUUCCUUAUUACCAAUUGUAGACUGUAAGACUAGCUAGGAUCAGUUGAAUCAGACAAGAGAGUAUUAUUUUAAGGACAACAUGAAGCGAACAUUAAAACCAGUGAUAUUUCAUCCGAGACGAUUGUUGAAUCGCAUAAAA